GGGCCGAGCUCCGGGAGCCGCCGGGCGGAGCGGGGCCGGAGGCGGCGGGUGAGUACGGUGCGGGGACCGCGGGGCUCUUCCCCGGGGGAUGGCGGGGGGGGAACGGCGGCUUCUGCCGGGGGAGCCCCGACGUGCUGCGGGGACGGGGCGGGCCGUGCGCGGUGCGGGUCCCGCUGGCAGCGCGGCGGUGGGAUGCGGCUGGAAAGUUGGUGAGAGCCGUGCGUCCGAACGGUGCCACCCCCUGAUUGCUGACAGCGCAACGCCACCGACGCCGGCAAAUUCAGACGGAGGCAGAAAGGGAUCUUCUUAAUUAGGCGCUGACAGCUUUGGUGUGUCUCCGUUCCUCUUGGCACGUCGGCGUGCUUAAAGUCCUCCAUCAGGCGGUGGAAGGACGGGUGGGAGGCGGGUCCUGCUGGCCGAAGGGCUUCGGAGCGCUUCUCCUAUCUCGCUUUUCUGGGAAUGAGUGUUUUUCCGAGUUGCUCUCGUUAGACCCUAUGAAUCACCAUCUGCAUAACUUUAUAUGGGGGCUGCUAUUCUCAGCAUCUCGCUGGAACUAUGUAAACUAUUAACCUCCGUGUCUGUUUGGACGUGCAACAUGCAAAUCUUUCUCCCGGCGACGCCCGGAGGGUCGGGGGAGAUGGGGCAGAGCCAAACGUGCCUCGGCUGCUGGAGAUGGGAGCUCGGAAGGGGCACCGGGGGGGCAGCCCCUCUUGUGGGUGCUGCGCCGGGGGUCCAAUGGGACCCGAUAUGCCGACGGCAGCCGGGACGGGGCUCCACUUCUUCCUUCUUUUCUAACGUGGUGCGUUCAAAGGGCUUAGAAGGAUGCUCGGGGGGGGAGCCGUGCCGGGUCGAGAGCAGCCAGGGGGGUUUUGCCGAGGGGACCGUGGCGGUGGUGACAGCGUGGAGCGGCCGCCCCCGCGCUGGGGGAGCGUUCAGCCCCGUGGGUUUUGUCAGGAGAGAAGGGCUCAUUCUUGAGCUGUCAAUCCGCCACCUCCCAGCGGCUCUCCUCCUCCUCCCCCCGCUGCCGCCGCUCCCAGAUACGUGCAGCGCGGGGGCUGAAAAUCCCCUUCCCCCCGGGUGGGAACUGCGGCAUCUCCCGAACCUCCCAACCCCGAACACGGGGAGAGCGCUUCUUCUCCACGCCGGUUCGGUUCCUCUCUGUUCAAAAGGCACCCCCUCACUCUGAGAUGCAGCUCUGUCCCAUCUUAGGCCCAGAUGUGACCUCCGACUGCCUCUGGGUGCCCCUGGCUGCUGCUGGCAGCAGUCUGUGCUCGUGGGUGUGGGAUGAGAGCCGAGCACACCGUCUGUGCUCCCUGUGCUGCAAACUUCCCAGCUCUCCUUUCUCCUCGGAUUUCUUCAUUAGAAGUGGAUAAGAUCAGAUCAUUCUUCUUUCACUACAAGUUCAUUUCACUUUCCGUGCAGUCAGCCCAUCUGAUAAAUAGUGGCUCGACAUCACGCAGCUCCUGCCGCCCUUGGUCGCACGCACGGCGCAGUACUGGUGGCCCCAGCCCCGUGUCCAGCAGGUUCCUGGCUUUUAAUGGAGGCCGUGAGCUCCCAUGCAUCACCUCGGCCCCCUCCCCUCCCAGCCGUGCUAACGCCCGAAGGAUGGCGGCCGCCUCGUUCCGCUACGGCAUCACCAUCACCGGGGCCGUGCUGCUGGUGACGGGGACGCUGUGCUUCGCCUGGUGGAGCGACGGGGAGGUGGGCACAGCAGUGGGCAGCGGGGCUCACCUCCUGCCCCCCCGCGAGGCCCAGGCUGUGCCCAGCUCCUCCAACGCGCUGCUGCGCUCCGUCAGCUUCUUCUGCUGUGGCAUCGGCGGCAUCCUGCUCCUCUUCGGGCUGCUCUGGUCCGUCAAGGCCAACGCCAGGGUGGUGUCGCGGCGCUACCAGUACCGCUUCCCCCGCGACCUGCAGUACUUCACUGCCGAGCCCCCGGAGAAGUGGAACUGCAGCUCCUGGGACGCCACUGCCAUCCCCACCUACGAAGAAGCCCUGACCUGCAGACCCGCUCAUGGCACCUACCUCCAUCCCGUGGUGAGCAAGGAGGAGCUGACACCACCGCCAUACCAUGACUUGGAGGAGGAGGAUGAUGAGCGCUGGCAGAGCGGCCGCCGCCGCAGCUCCUCCGACAGCGCCUUGUUCCGCCCCAGCCCCUCAUGGUUGGACACCCAGAGCCCUGCUGGGCCACAGGCAACACCACCCCCCAGCUACGAGAACAUCAGCGUUCGGGGUGUCUGACUGAGCCCCAUCCUUCAGUACAGGGAGAGCACGGGGGACGUGGGGCCGUACUGCUUUCCGAGCAAUGCAUUUGGAGUAACGUGAGCAGCUGGCAUGUUGGAAGCCUUCGUGUUUUUAAUAAAACCACCUCUGGUUGCAAA